AUGAACGAUGUUCCGAAUGGGACACACAAGCGUCCCAACUUUCUCUUCAUUCUCGCCGAUGACCUUGGUUUCUCGGAUUUAGGGUGCUAUGGCGCCGAAAUUCAGACCCCCAACAUCGACCGCUUAGCCGCUGAGGGCGUUCGAAUGCUCAAUGUCCAUACCGCCGCGGCUUGUUCUCCCACGCGCGCGAUGCUGCUCAGCGGGACUGACGCGCAUCUCGGUGGACUGGGCGUCCUGAUAGAGUACAAGAGCAGCGAGCAAGGGUCAAAGCGUUGGUCGGGUAAAGCAGGGUAUGAAGGGUAUCUGAAUGAUCAAGUGGCAACUCUGCCCGAGAUUCUGGGAGACCAUGGAUACUUCACGGCGAUGUCUGGCAAGUGGCACCUCGGUCUCCGCGCGAGUCAGGGGCCGUGGCAACGCGGGUUUCAGAAGGCAUUUGCCAUGCUCCCAGGUUGCUGCAAUCACUACGGUUGGGAGCCAGUGCAAGAGCAGUUUCCGGUCGGCGGUCGGCCAAUUCACGCUGAAAUGGGACACAAGGUUGACAUAUUGCCCAAUAAGACUGAAGAUCCCGACGGGUUCUACUCGACGGACCAGUACACCAAUCGCCUGAUCAAAUACCUCGAGGAGCGGUCCGAGGACGACCAGUCGAAGCCCUUCUUUGCCUUUCUGCCGUAUACCGCACCGCACUGGCCCUUGCAAUGCUCAAGGGCGCAACGCGACAAAUACAAGGGCCUGUACGACGACGGUCCGUACGCACUUCGUGAGCGCCGGCUGAACAAGCUCGUGGAGUUGGGCAUCAUCGACCAAUCCGUCGUCCCGCACAAGGUCGAAACGACCACCCAGGGAGUGGGAGAGUGGGACGAUCUCACGCCCGAGGAAAAGAAAUUGUCGAGCCGUGCAAUGGAGGCAUACGCGGGCAUGGUGGACUCGAUCGACGUCAAUGUUGGCAAGGUCGUGGAUUACCUGCGUAAGACAGGGGAGUAUGACAACACGUUUAUCGUGUUUAUGAGUGACAAUGGAGCAGAGGGAGCUGCCCUGGAAGCGGUCCCGGUCAUGGGAGAAAACAUCAAGCGGGCGAUCCAUCAAUACUAUGACAACUCAUACGACAAUAUCGGCUCUUGGAAUUCCUUCACCUGGCUCGGCCCUCUUUGGGCUCAAGCAUCGACCGCCCCCUCGAGGCUGUUCAAAUGCUUCCCCUCGCAAGGCGGCAUUCUCGUACCCUGCGUCAUCAAACCGCCGGCCCAGACCUUCCUUCCCUCGUUCCCUCCCGGCUCGUUCAGCCGCUCAUUUGCAACAGUCAUGGACUUCGCCCCGACCUUCCUCGAGCUUGCCGGCGUUUCUCUUCCUGCUCCUUCAGAUAAAGAAAGCGCCCUUCCGUUGGGAAAGGGCGCAACGACGCGCAAGAUGACCACAUUCCGAGGAAAAGACGUUCACGCGAUGCGCGGAUCCUCGUUGGCACCUCUCUUCCUCCGCGGGAAACCAGUGGAGAAGGACAACGACUUAUGGGCCAUCCACUCCUCCUCCGAGCCGAUCGGCUGGGAGCUUUUCGCUCGCGGAGCCUUGCGCAAAGGCGACUGGAAGAUUCUCCACUUCUCCAAGGCUCGUGGCGGCGCUGGGGAAGGUGAUGAAGGGUGGGAGUUGUUCAACGUUGCUCAAGACCCCGGCGAAACAAAGGACUUGGCGGCAUCCGAGCCGGAAAAGCUACGAGAGCUGCUGGCAUGCUGGGAUGAAUAUGUGGUCGAGUGUGGGAUUGUGUGGGGCGAGACGGCUCAGGCUCCUGGACGGGGAAAGGACCAAGCACCCGAGCUGUGGGAAGACGAGCUGGAACUGCAAAAGUCUUGGAUGGGUGCAAGAGGGGGGGACUGCCCGGUAUCGUGCCGAUAG